AUGGAGGCGGAGGAGCACUUCGGCCCGGCCCCCUCUCCUCCACUGGGGCGCGCGGGAUGCUCCGAUGCUGUGGACAGUGCCGCGCGGCCUGCGCCUAGGGCGACGGAUCGACCGCGCUUUCGAGCGCUUGCGCGGGCUGCUGGGGAUCUGGAGGCGCAGCCUGCGCUCGAGCGCUGCGACGAGGAGGUGGAUGAGCUCCUCGAUCCGUGGCGCCCCUGCGCCUCGACUCGAUCGGCUGGAGACGGCGGCGACGGAGAGCUACUGGCGGGCCUCUUCGAAGGGGAUUUGGCCCCCCCUGGGACUUCGGCUGGCGCGCCCGACGUGGUGGUCUUCGUUUCUGACGACUCUGCGAGGCGCGGCGGACGUCGCUGGGGCUUGGCGGUAGGCAGCGCUGGCCUGCCCUCGACUUCUGCUUCGGGGAGCGUGUUUCUCUCUUCUGGCGCAUCGGCGGACUCUGGCUCCUCUUCGCUGGGCUCAGGGGUGAUCUGUCACCCCUUCGCGGUGCAUUCUUGCUACGACGGGGCCCUUGGAGGCAGUUUGAGCGGGCGGGACGACGGGGGCCGAUCUUCUGACCCUGACCUUGGCCUGGUGGCAAGCCCAUGCGGGCGACAGACAUCGCGGAACGCCUCUGCACAAGACAGCCGAUCGCGCGACCUACAAGGGGGCUUUGCUUUGGGAGAGGAUGUUGGAUCUUCUUCGCUGGGCGACUCGGGUUUUUGCACGCCGCGGGCCUCUUGGAGCUCAGGCGUCAGCGGGUCGUCACCCCCACCUGAUGGCUCUCCCAUGAGCAUGGAGGAUGGCGGGACGGCCACCGGGCAGCUGCUUGGGAUGACGGGGCGGCUGGGGGCUGAUUGCCAUGGCAGGGGUACCGUUGCGGUUUGGGCACCGCGACAAUCGCUGGGCUCGAUCGGUGGGGCGGUCUUGGGUGCCUCCCUUUCGGGGCGGGUCGAGGUCGUCGGGGUCGUCAUUGAAGGCUCCCGCAUGCUGCCUUCUGACGAGGACCCUGAGGAUUCCGGCAACUGGGAGGCGGUGCUCGAAGAUGACGAGGCGGUUAUUGACAACCUCAGUGCGUUCUCAGACUGGCUGUUGGAGCUCCCGUCUGGUCGCCUUCGCGAGGUCUACGACAUGGCGGGUCUGGAGUCUGCCCCGCCUGGGGCUUCCGAUCGAUCUCUGGUCGACAAACUGGUGAUUCACCAUGCACGUCGACGCCGGGCGGUUGAGCGGGGCGUGGAUAGGGCUGCAGAAAUGGCAGCCUCGCCGGCGGUGCAGGAGGCUCGGGAUCAGCCUCCAUGCGUUGGAGUCAAGCGGCAGCGGCUGGCGGAUUCCCCUCGCAUGGACAUGGCCAGGCAGUUGGCGGCGGCUGCCUGCCUUGGGGCUUCGGCGGAGGCUGGUGGUGCUGGGGAUCGUCCCCACGGGCGCGUCAUGGCCGCGCCUCACAAGCGGCUGGCUCUUCCCCCACCCCCUGAGGAUUCUGGAGAGAGGUCUGCUAAUGGGAUUCAUCAGCUCCAGCUUGCGGUACGCCAGCCUCUGGAGCUUGUCCCUGCUGGGCCGAGCGCCCCUCGCCAGUGGAUUGAGCCGGUGCCGCGUUCUACUGCUGAUGCCCCGGGGGAGGCGUCACUGGCAAGUGUGGAGAAUGUGCACGUGGAUGUGACGAUGACGAUGGCUGCGGGGAGGGCUGCCGACCCGCUGAUCAGAUCAUCAGCUGAUGUGUUGGAGGCGCUUGAGGCGGUCGGGGGGUUGAUCGCCAAGGUUAAGGGCGGCGCUCCCUUGGCGGAUUCUGACCUGCUCGCUCUCACCCCUCUCAUUUCUGCAUCCACUGCCAUCAUGAGGGGGGUGGUGGCUGGAGUUGCUGCAUGCGAUCUCAGUCAGGAGGCAGGCAGGCGUCAGGCGACACGAGUCAUGGAGUUCGGCCGCGCGCUGGAUCGUGCCCUGACGACCAGGUGGGGGUGCACCAAGGCGGUCUUGUUGGUGAGGAGGACAGGUCAUGGGGAAUAUGCAGCCCUGUUGACGAAGGAGGGCCUUGCUCGGGCCAAAACCCUUGCUCCAGUGCAUGUGCCUGGGUUUGGGCGGUGGGAGCGUGCAGAAGAUGCCCGCCGCCGGCUCAUGAGCGCGUCCUUGGUGCUCAGCGGGGUCCCCCUUUCCCGCUCCCUCUCUGACCUUGCGCGAGAGCUGGCCGCCGACAACGCCAGCCGCUGGAAUGGAGUGGCCAAGGCGGAUCUGCAGGACAUCCAAGUUGAACGCUUGAAUCGGAUCGCAGCAGCCGAGCUCUUGGGGCCUUCUGGGUCUACGGUGAUCGUCUCUGCCUACAUCCGUCACACGUGGGGGGAGGGUUUGGAGGAGCUACGCCGGGCGGUGGUCUGGGCACAGAGCCGCUCCCCCCGCAUGGUGCUUGGCAUGGACGCCAACGGUCACAGCCCUUUUUGGGGGCCGGAGGAUGUCCGCACCAACGCGGUGGGGCAGGCCGUGGAGGAGCUUAUCAUGCUUCACAAUCUGGAGGUGAUCAACGACCCAGACGCCCCGCCUUCAUUCGUGUCUGACCGGAGGGACAAGUCCUGGAUCGAUGUCACUCUGGCUACCCGCAGUGCUGCUUUGGGCUUGGCGGAUUGGCGAGUGGAUCAGGAUUUUUUCUCUGGUUCUGAUCACCGCGCCAUACGCUUCUCCGUGGCCCACUCCCCCAUCAGCAACCGUGUUUACAGGUGCAAGGACUGGAGUGGGGUGGAUUGGCCCCAAUUCAGUGCGGCGGUGGCUCGGGAAUGCAGGGCACGGGGAGUUCAGCGGGCGUCCGACCACGAUGGCAGCACUGAUGCGCGGUCGUCGUCGAGGGAGGAGAUUCGGGAGGAGGCUGACAGACUGACGACGAUCCUCACAGAGGUGCUGCAGGGUGCCAUCGAGGAGCAUGUCCCAGAGAAGAGGGUCUGCUGGGCGUCCAAGCCUUGGUGGAGCCCUCACCUCACAGAAUUGCGACGACGUAUGAAACACCUCAGGAACAGGGCGGACCGGCUUGACACUGACCACGACAGGGGACUAUACCGCCGGGCUUGCAAGGAAUUUACUCGGGAGGUUAAGAAGGCGAAGGCGGCUGCAUGGCGACGAUUCUGUGAGUCCGUCAAUCAUGAGGACAUGUGGCCAGUGCUUCAGCGGAUCCUCAAGCCCCGCAGAAGGAUUCAGGUGGCAGAUCUCCAGACGGACGAAGAGCAGUGGGCGGUUGAGGACUCAGACAAGGCCAGCGUGCUCCAGGCACGCUUCUUCCCUAGGGCCCCGUCUUCGCAGGAGUUCAGAGACCGGACUGCGACUAGGAGAGCGGAGAUUGACGCAUGGCUGGCGACGGAGUGGGGGGAUUUUCCUCUGAUCCAGGAGUCUGAGGUCCGGAGGCGGAUCCUUGAGAUGAGGGCGGUCAGCGCGCCGGGAGCGGACGGCAUCCUGGCCAAGUGUCUUCAGGAGUGCAGCGACAGCAUCACUCCAGUGCUUCAAGCCAUUUUUAAUGGCCUGAUUCGCUCGGACGAUGUUCUCAUUUGGGACAUUGUCUCGUCGACUGAGGGCACGCCGGGCAGGGUGCAGGCUGCAUUGGACUUCAUCGCAGAUUGGAGCGAGGAAUGGGGCCUGAUCUUCGACGCGGCCAAGUGCAAGGCUCUGGACGUCACCCUGCGGAGGAGGGUGGAGCCGUUACACUUGACUAUGGGCGGCCGGACCAUUCCCAAGGUGGAUGAGAUUAAAUACCUGGGAGUCUGGAUCGAUAGCAGGCUGACCUGGCGGAAGCACCUGGAGGUCACCUGCAAUGCUUGCCUUCAACGUCUUCGAGUCAUCAGGAAGCUCUGUGCUACACAUUGGGGCCUGCACCCGACGGUUGUCUCCACUUUAGUGGGGGCAACGGUUUUUCCUCGUCUCUGGUACGGGGCAGUGGCGUGGGGCAGUGUGGUCAGGACGCAGGCCAGGCUGGACAUGCUGGACAGGGUUCUUCGGAUGUCUGCGAUCAUCACCCUUGGCCUUCUCAGGACUACGAGCACGGUGAAGGCCAUCGCGGCGUGUGGGUGGCUUCCCGCUGAUCUUCACAUCCGAUACGUCAUCCUUCAAUUCGUGCUCAGGCAGCGGGUGUAUGGCCGGACUUCCUUAGGCAUUGAAGAUGACGACGGGGGAUGCAGCCGCACCCCACGGUGCUCCACAGCGGCCUUGGCGAGGAGGGAGCUGAGGGCCCUCAGGCGUGCGCACCCCCAGGUGGUUGAGGGUUUAGAGAGGGUGGACCGCGCAUGUUUUUGGAUCCGCCCCCCCUGGGAGGCCCCUCCCCAGAUCCCCUGCGACUUCCUCGCCAGAGAUGAGGCGCAGGAUCGCAUCGACAGCUGCAUGGAGGCUGGCGGGGGAGUGUGCAUCUUCACUGACGGAUCAGUCAUGGAGGGGGGGGGGAAUGGGGCGGCUGCGGUGUUCUUCCGGGAUGAUCAUGACGAGCUUCCUGCUACACAUCCAUCUCACACCCUCCUCCUCCCCAUGGGCCCGCUCCUCGCCAGUACUGAUACGGAGGUAGGGGGCAUUCAGGGGGCUCUCCGGCAGCUACAGUCGACGCCUUCCCCGGGCAGUGCCACCCUCAUCACGGACUCACAGGCUGCACUGCUGGCACUGACCGGUUCUCAUUGGCGACGCUGUCGUGAGUCGGUGUGGACCACUUUGGCGCUUCACCAGGCUCUCUGGGAGGCUGGUAUGCAGGUGCGGUUUUGGUGGGCCCCUGGACAUAGUGGGGUGGCUGGGAAUGAGCUGGCGGACAGUGCGGCGAGGAGGGCAGCUCAGGGCGACAGUCCUUCUCCGCUUGUGGACACGUGGUGUAACAAGCGCCAGCUGGAGCGGGAGAUUUGCCGGUGGUACCAAGACACGGCUAGGAGGCAGGAGAGGACCUUGGACGGGACGGUCCUGGACUCCACCGAGGAUGUGGUCUUCCGUUCUCAUCUCCGCUGGACCCGCGCCCUGCCCUCGCGAUACGCUGUGGCAUUGGUUGCGCAGUUCUUGACAGGACACUACCCUACACGCGUCUACUUGGCACGGUUUCGUCUGACGGACUCGCCCUUCUGCGACGAGUGUGGGUGCCCAGACUCCAGGGCGCAUCUCCUUCUUGACUGCACCCGUUUCAGCUACCUUCGAGAGAGCCUCACAUCUUGGCUUCGCGAGGAGUGGAGCGGCCGGACGCGACAGGCUGGGGAGGCUUGCCCGGGGUGGGAGUGGGAUUUCCUAACGGGAUCCAGCUGGGGCCGGCUCUGGCUUUCCCGCUUCCUUUGCGAGACCAGGAGGAGACACAGGCGAUGGGAUGACCUUGAGGCCACGCUGCACCGGGAGCAGGAGGGACGGGCGGCCCUGGGACGAGCUGGGGCGGUCGACGUGGACGCGGAGGAGGACGAGGACAGCAGUGAGGACGAGGAUGUUGAGGAGGCUUGA